GCCAGAAAUAACAGGGACGGGAAAUAAUAGACCCCAAAUUUAUAUUACCCAUUCGUGCUUUUGUCUGUGUUAUGUGUGAAUUAGUCAUACGGGUGGUGGCGUUGUCUGUUAUAAAUUAUACGGCUUUAUGAUUUGUGCAGAAUAAUGCCUAUUUCAUUGAGCUGUCAUUUUUGUCCUAACGGUCGCCCAUAAGGUUAUGAAGCUAUGCGUGUGCCCACAACACGUGCCUACAACACACCCAGUCAUCUCGUUAUAAAGCUUUCAACCAUUGACUGUCACGUAAAGGAGUGAACACUUGUGGGUUGUGUGCAUCAAACGUUUGCUCGAAGGGCCGGGCACGUAGUGUGGAAGUUCUUUCAAUGCCUCGUAUGUUAUGGGUCACGUUUUAUCAAACAAAUCAAAUAUUCCACUGCAAACAGAUCGAAUGUUUUGUUGGGAGCAAACUGUGAAGUACACUUCUGCUGUGGUGCUAAAUCAGGAAUCUUUCUUUCCUUAUCUUACUUUGUGGACGAGGACCGGUGGUGUCCGUGUGGAAGCAUUCCUUUGGUUGAUACAGCCAUGGAUGCACUGGAAUAUCAACGACGAGGAAAGGAGGUUGUUGAUUUCAUUGUGGAGUAUCUGACUACCAUACGGACACGACGUACAUUCCCCGAUGUGCAACCGGGCUACAUGAAGAGGUUGGUACCCGAUGUGGCUCCUCAAGAGGGUGAAAAAUGGGAAGACAUCUUCAAAGAUGUGGAGCGGGUUAUCCUGCCAGGGGUCACCCACUGGCAGAGCCCUCACAUGCAUGCUUACUUCCCUGCAUUAAAUAGCUUUCCUUCGUUGCUUGGAGAUAUGGUUGCAGACGCAAUCAGUUGUCUAGGAUUCACAUGGGCGUCGAGUCCAGCGUGCACUGAACUGGAAAUCAUUGUUAUGGACUGGCUAGGUGCAAUGAUUGGCCUGCCACCGUGUUUUAUGCACCGAAACGAAAAUGGAAAAGGAGGAGGCGUUCUACAGGGUACAUUGAGUGAGGCAACCUUGGUAGCGAUAUUUGCAGCCCGCUAUCGAGCUAUCAACAGAGAGAGAGAGCGGGAAAAUCUAUCUGAUGACAUCAGCGAUGGAGCUAUCUGCUCCCGUCUUGUUGUCUAUUGCUCUGAUCAGGCCCAUUCUUCUGUCGAAAAAAAUGCACUGAUUUCACUAGUCAAACUAAGACGCAUACAAUCAGAUGAACGGUACUCUUUGCGUGGCACUACUCUGAGGAAGGCCAUAGAUGAAGACGAGAAGAAAGGACUCAUUCCAUUCUUUGUGUGCGCUACCCUGGGAACUACGGGAGUCUGUGCUUUUGAUAAUUUGGAUGAAAUUGGUGAAGUGUGUAAAGAGAAAAAGCUUUGGUUACACGUCGAUGCAGCUUAUGCCGGCACUGCCUUCCUCUGCCCCGAGUAUCGCACUCACUUGCAUGGGGUUGACAAGGCAGAUACCUUUGCCUUCAAUCCCAGUAAAUGGAUGAUGGUACAUUUUGACUGCACGGCAUUGUGGGUGAAAGAUCGCGAGGUCUUGGAGAAGACUUUCUGUGUUAAUCCUCUCUACCUUAAACAUGAGAAGCAAGGGAUGGCUGUUGACUUCAUGAACUGGCAGAUUCCUUUGAGUCGUCGUUUCAGGGCCAUUAAGCUAUGGUUUGUCAUCCGAUCGUUUGGCAUCAAGGGCUUACAAGAGCAUGUUCGCAAGGGGGUUCGUCUAGCAAAGUACUUCGAGUCCUUACUCCGGACAGAGCCGAUAUUUGAAAUUCCAGUUGAAUGCAACCUCAGUUUGGUUGUCUUCCGACUUAAGGGAAAGAACUUUUUGACGGAAGAAUUGCUUCGACGACUCAAUGCCACUGGCAAACUGUACGUUGUACCCGCGGCAAUCAACGGCCUUUACGUCAUUAGAUUCUCCGUGACGUCAUUCUAUACUACUGAAGAAGAUAUACAGAAGGAUUGGAGGUUGAUCUGCAGCAUGGGUAAUGCCGUCAUGCGAUGUCUGAGUCCUCUUAGACGCCGGAUAGCCUCAUGGCCUGCUGCAGCAGCAUUUGAAGCACGACCAGACGUCUACAUGGCACUCUAUACCGAGUCAAAGAUGGCAGCAUUAGCAAUACCUGAUGAGGCAGAUGGCUACUCAAGUGACACUGAUGGAAUUGACCUUCGGAAGAGUCCCAGUCUCUAUCCACGGAAGCCAUUUUCUGUGCAAGAGAAAUUGUCACCCGAAUCCGAAGAAAAUUCCGGAGAAGACUGUCCAAAUGGCGCUUGUAUGAUGAAUGGCCGGUCAAACGGUCUUGGAGAUGAGGACAAUAAGAGUCAAGAUGAUGUGUUUUACCAUCCCACUAAGGGCUCCGUUUCCCUUGGUGGGUCUAUGCCACAGCUGAAUGGGUUAUCUGUCGAGGUCACUAAAAGUGUUGUCGUCCAAAACAACGAGAAGAAAAUGGGGCUGUAUGAUAUCCAGAAUGGCUUAGACGAUAAGCCUACCCAAGUGUCGAUUGCCAGUAGAGGACGUUUUGGCGCCCUCAGCGUGGCUAAGGAGAGCACAUACACUGGAGUGGUGAAUAUCUGUCACUGCUCAGCCAAAGAAGAUACCAACACUCUUGAAGAAAACUAGAUCAUGCUUGUAAUAAGCCGGUUAAAGAAUCAUGGUAUUUUUAAAAUUGUAGACAGUGAUGUAUCAAAAUACAGUACCUACAAUUACCAUCUGCAUGAGCGAAUAAACAGGCUUCCUCUCAUCCGUUCAAUUUGCCUUCCUGACUUUACACGUUCGUGCAACCUGCACGAAGAGACAACAUUACUGGGGUAUAAUUAGAUUCAAGCACAUGUUCUUAAGCUCAAGGCCAACGCGCAUGUUGACAAGCCACGACACUGUUGUAGUUGGAGUUGGAUAGGUGUUUAAAACGGGCGUUCGACCUGCGCGUGAGCGUGGUACCUUUUUCACUAAUGGCCUUUAGUUCUGGGUUACGGAUCAGUGACUGAUCCCAAAUUUGACAGUUGCAAUGGACCUUAUUCAGGGGCGUCAUUUUCGAUCUCGUGGAAUGUAGCAUAUUCAAUGUAAUCUGUUAAAGGGGUGGUGUCAGACUAUUUUGGGUUCCAAGCUUCAAUCAGCUUUGUUUCAGUGUAGCAUUUAUAUUUAAUCUAAGGCCGGCCAAUCACAAAGUUUAAAGGACAUAUAUUCUAAACGACUGUUUAAUGACUUUUAUUUUGUUGCUUUAUUUCUAUCUUUAGGUUCCCCAAAUAAAAAGUUAACCUCACUUUCAUUUUAAGAUUGCUAACACACGAAUGCGGCGUGUUAACGUGUGUUCCUCUCCAAUGACAAUCCGCAUGUUCAAGCCACACACGUCAUAUGCGUGUGCUCAUAUGUUGGACUGUUUUUACACAUAUCAGAUAAAAAUCGCGGCUGUGAUUUAUCAGAGCAAUACCGGCAGACCAUAAUGGGUAAAGAGGCGCGCGAUUUAUUCAAUGAUCGGUAUAAUUCAUUCAUACACAAAAGCACGGACAAAAAGCACACUGAUGAUAAACAUACAUCGUCAUUAUCGAUUAUCCUGAAUGAGAUGAGUAAUUACUGGAAAGUCUUCAUUCUUUGUCUAGUUUGGUCAUGCCAUAAUGGUAUAUUAAACCGUGAUUCUUGAAACGCAUGCAAAGAUGCUCCAAUGUACAUGACAUUGUAUUUAUUUAAUGGAGAAAAUGCAUUGUUUUACUCGUGUUUGAAGCUGUCGUGUUUAAGUGUCGGUGUCAAAGAAAAUAGUGAAGCCUGAAAGAAAAUAUACGCAAUAUAAAAUACUAUAAUGAUACAUAUGGCAAAGGUGUAUUGUAUGUUAUUGUGCAGUUUAAUGUCAUCGUGUUUUUAGCAGUAAAUUUAUUGAAAAAUAUAUUAUGUAGCAAAUCAAAUGGUGCAAAACUUGUGAUAACUAUAUUUAUCAUAAUGAUUUAUGAAAUAUACAAUGUUAAAGUAAUUAUUGAUAUUCUAAAAGUAAAAUGUGUUCCCAUUUAAAGAUCAAUAUUAAUUCCCAGCAUCGGGAGGGAAAGUGGCAAUUUAAAAUGACAAUUAAAUGUUGCUGUUCAACAUGCGUGACUUACGCAAAAGUUUUCCUUUAAAAUAUUUACAACGAAGUCAUUUUAUUUCGCUGAGCGUCUUUGGUUUAUUUUUGCAUAUUGUGACUUUUUUCUUUCUCCAACCAUGACUUUGCUUUUUAAAUAAACUUAUUAUUCCAGCAUCUCUCAUAAACUACUUUACAGUUGCUUGGAAAUAUCUUAUCCGUUACCAUAGCAACCUAAUAAGAUUUACAUUACACCUGGAGAAUUAGAUACAAAUAAAUUUAUCUAAUUAAUUUUGUUACAUCAGAUUGCAACAAAUACGCAGAUUCCUUAAUGGCGUACACCAAGGUCUGGGGGACAAAAUGCAUAUUUUUUUCUCACGACUGUGAAAAGAAUAAAGAUGGUGGCAUUUCUAAAAUGCUGGCGCUUCCAAUCCCUUAAUAAAAAAACAAAAUAAAUUAAUUUACUUAAAAGGACCAAAUAUUUCCCCCGCCCCAUGGACCCUGCACUGCAAAAAAUGAUCAGUCUGUUCUGACAAAUAAUGUAUUCAUUAAUUAAGGGAUCUGUUUUCACAGACAUUCGAUGGUUUUUAUGUUUACUUUUUGUAUUAAUGUUCCUGUUAGUAUGGAUUCAAUUUUUUUCUGGCCGUAGAAAUUAUUUCAAUAAUGCAACUACUUUUGGUUCUGAAUUAUGGAUUACUGGGAUUAAUCGUGAAUUUGACCUGCUGUUUGGCGUCUCAUUAUCAAUAACUUUAUUUUCUUGCCUGAGUGUCUCUGUUCGGUUUUUUGUUGUUCUUGUCGUGUCUGUUUGAAUUUUUACUUUGUAGGGACAGUUUUAAUUAUAUAUAACGGGUUUGCCCUUACCCAACGUAUAUUUAGGGCAAACCCGUUAUAUAUAAUUAACAUCUCCCCAACGCAAAAAUACAUCUUGAUAAUAGGGACAGUUUUUAUUAACAAAAUUAAUGGUUUUAAGUAAUGUAUAUUCAUAUUAUGCUUAAAAUAUCAAUGUAAAGGUGUGGGUAUAUUAUUUAUUUAAACUCGGUAUUGAGAGUAUUGUGUAACGUACAUCAAUUUCUGUUGUGAAUGGGAAAUAAAAUAGUUGAUAUCCAUUUCUCCAAAC